AGCUCCCUGCUCUCGGGCUCGGAGCUGCAGCACCGGCUGGAGCGAACCCUUGUCCCAGCGCGGGGCGGCGGCGGCGGGCAGACGGGCAGCCUUGCGUGUGAGUGCCCCACUCACAUAGCUAACCCCAGGAGCGCCUAAGGGCAGCCAGCUCAACAGCCCCCUACGAAGCUCGGGGAAGCCGCACUCGGUGGCCCCCAGGACAGCGCAUCAGAGACCGCAACCGAGCCCCCCGACACGGGGCGCACAGGAGCCGGGAAGCCCGAGGCCGGGGCCAAUCAGACCGCCCGGGCCAGGCGCGAGCCAAGCUCCCCGAGGUGGCCGGGUCACCAUGCUGAAGAUGGCCAAGAAGCUCAAAGCCCGAGCAGCCGAGAGCGAGAGGAAGGCAGCCGCGGCUGCCGCCGAAGUGGCUGCCGAAGCUGCCGUGGCGGCUGCGGCGCUGGCAGAGCCGUUCGCUUCGCAGAAGAACGGGGACCCGGAGAAGCCCCCCAAGUCCAAGGCCGUCAAGGCCCCCGCGAACGCCGGGCGAGAUGUGCCGCCCGAAAAGUUGCUGACAGACAAAGAGCGCAAGAAGCUAGAGAAGAAGUUGCUGGAGCAGAGGAAAAAAGAAGAGAAGAAGAGAGAGAAAGAGAGGAAGAAGUUGGAGAAGAUGAUGAAGAAGAAGAAGAAGAAUGUGCCAGAAUCCCAGGCGCAGGCCCGAGGCCCCGAGGCCGCCGCCGCCGCCGCCGCCACCGCAGGCGAAGACGAGGGCGCCGCGGAGGGCGCCGCCGGGCUCGGAGAGGGCGCCGCCGGCGGGGGCGCGAGUAGGGCCUGGGCCCGAUGGGACACUGAGUCGGGCGACGAAGAUGAUGCCUACUACGCGCCUCCUCGUGUUGGAGGCGUCGUGUGGCGCCCCGGGCCUGACAAGGCUGGAGCGCUCAGCGCGCACAUGCCCCUCGUGGUGUUCCUGGUGUUCUCGGUGCGCAGCCCCUCGUGGGUGCUCAACUUCCUGCUGCAGCGACGCACAGAGCAGGGCCGCGGCUGUGGCUUCGUGUUCGGGGCGACCUGCUGCUUCCGAGUGUUCCUGGGCUGCGCCUUCUUCUCCUUCCUGAGUGGCCGCACCAAGCGCAGAGGCAGAGGCCGAGGGCGCUCCCGGGCCAGGGGCACCGGGCGCCGGGGGCGCGACGAGCGGCUCAUCUAGUCAGACCCCCCUCACCCCCCCACCAUCAUCAUCAUCCACAUCGACCACCACCACCACCACGACCACCACCACCACACCACACCACACCACCACCUUCCACCUCCACCACCAUUGCUGUGUAGUGUGGAUCUUUAUUAGUGCUUGUGUGUGGACACAUUUUCCUUUUCGGUUGCUCUGUCCUGUGCUUCGUGCUUUCCUCGCUUUUCUGCACACUCCCUGCUUUCUGGCUCUCUCAGUGUCUCUCUCUCUCUCUCUCUCUCUCUCUCCUUUUCGAAAUUUUCCUAAGACCGGGCCCCGCGCUCCCUCCCUUUCCGCCCACCCCGGCCCCUUGGCGGCGCCCGCCCGCCCUGCUGCAGGAGGAGGGGGAUCCGGGCCGCCCGGCCCGGGGGUGGAGCGCUGGCAUCGUGUGAGGGGUCGUCACCACCGCGGGGCCGCCCCCUCUCCCCCCGCCGCACGGUCAGGCCCCGGCCCCAAGCCGCGGGUGGGGCGAGGAGGCGACCCCCCUGUGCAUCCCGGCCCGGGCUAGAC